AUGUGGAGGGCAGGCGCUGCGGGCGGCGGAGCGCGGGCGGGGGAGCCGCCGGGGGGCGCCCUGGGCUCGGACCCCGUGGCCGGCGGGCGGGGCGGCCGGGGCAGGCGGGGCGGGCGGGGGACGGGCCCGCGGCCCCUCCCUGCGCGGCCCCGGGCCCGCUCCCCCGGCCAGAGCGGCGUCGGGGCUCCGGAGGCCGUGAGCCCGGCGCUCGACUUGGCCCCAGACGCCUCCCCAGACGCCUCCCCAGAAGCCUUCGUCAUGCGGGUGCUGCUGGAGGAGACCGGGGAGAUGUUCCAAGUGACAAACUGCCGCAGCGACAUGACGGUGCGGGAGCUCAAGGAGGAGCUGGACCUCACCGCCGGCAUCCCCUUGGACCUGCAGCGGCUCCAGUACCUGGACCAAGGAAUUUUGAUGGAUGAUACUACGUUGCAGUUCCAUGAUGUUGUUCCUGGUGGAAUUAUUUCAUUAUGUGUCUGGCGCCAUGAUGGAUGGACGGAACUGGUUUUGGCGGCUGUGGAAGGGGAUCCCAGUAAGCUCUCCUGCCUCGGUGUCGACGAAGAUUCUCUUUACCAAACUGCAAAUUCGCAGCAUUUGGAACACAAGCAGUGGAAGGCCUGGAUUGCUCACAGAGCGUUCGUGGCCUUGUAUAUUACCUCUCACAGAGGCCACUCGGACGCCGUGCAGUACCUUCUAGAACAUGGGGCCAGCUGUCUCAGCCAAAGCCCCAUGGGCAGGACAGCCCUGCAUGUGGCCGCAGCCAUGGGCCGUCUGGACUGUAUCAACCACCUGCUGAACCAUGGAGCCUCCAUCAAUGAAAGAGAUGCCAGGGGGGAGACCCCCAUGUCCCUCGCCCGGCGCCUGAACCGCAGGCACAGUGAGCAGCGUAUGUUCCUCUUCUACUGGAUGGCGAAGUCAGGGACAAAAGACGCAAAGAACUUGACCAAGAACAAGGUUCUUCUCAGGGCAAAGUCCAAGUCACGCUCCAAGAAGAGCCAAGUUUGACUCCCUCUGGGAAUGUCUGCACCUCGAGGGUGACCUGGGUAACUCUUCAGAGUUCAAAUCCACAGUGGCCCUUGGGGAGCAGGAAGCCAAGAAAAUGUGGCAAUUAAUCUGA